ACGUGACAAUGUAGCUAGUUAGCGGGAUGCUCGGAUAUAGAAAUGUCACUUCUGUCAAACGGUGAUACAAGCGUUCUUCUUAAAGGUUGUGGGGGAUGAGAGGCGACAGUGAGCAGACACAAUGUUUGAGAGUGUGGUGGCCAACCUCCUCAACAAGUACUUCGGGAAGUACAUCCAGAACCUUGACGCCAGCAACCUCAACGUCAGCAUCCUCCAGGGUGAUGCAGAGUUCACAGACCUACAGCUGAGGCCAGAGGCAUUGUCCCAGCUGGACCUGCCGAUCGAGGUGAAGGCUGGAUACAUAGGUCACCUGAAGCUAGACAUCCCCUGGACGAGUCUGUUUUCUUCCAACAUCCACCUAUUUCUGGAAGAUGUGUACAUCCUUGCUGGACCCGUCGCUGACCGACAGUAUGACCCUGCCCGGGAACGCCUUCUGCAGAAUGCCAUCAAGCGUCAAAAGCUCGAAGCUCUGGAGAAAUCUGCUCUUGAUGAAGUCGUGGAGAAGACAGAGGAAGAACCAGGAUUCUAUGAAAAACUGGCCACACACUUCGUCAGCAGGAUCCAGGUUUCGAUACGUAAUAUACACAUUCGGUAUGAAGAUACUGUUACCAAUGUGGACCAUCCAUUUGCUUGUGGAUUGAUGCUCAAACAGAUUGCCAUGCAGUCCACUGACGCCAGGUGGGAGCCCCUGAAGGGAGACACCACCUCCAACAUGCUGCACAAGUUGCUGAGACUGGAAGACCUGAGCAUCUACUGGAACCCAUACAUUCCAGAACCCCACCUUGUCAAGUCAAGACUUAACACUGAUGGAUGGAGGAACCUGUUACGGAUGGCUAUAGAUUCUCACAGCAUAUUCCAGGAGGACUUUGAUUUCAUCAUAGAACCAGUCACAGCCCAGGCGAGGCUGAUCAUCAGCACCGAGAACAAUUCCCUGCCAAAGGUGUUUGCAGACUUCACCCUGGAGGAGAUAGAGGUCCUUCUGUCCAGGCAGCAGUUCCUGAAUCUGUUGACACUGAGUGAGUCUUUCCAACUUAUGAGCAUCAACCAGCGGUACAGGAAGUACCACCCAAACAUCCCUCUCAAGGUCAGCCCAAGGUCAUGGUGGCAUUAUGCCAACACAGCCAUCUUGGAGGAGAUGAUCCGUCCCUACUCCUGGGAGAGAAUCAAAGAGCACAGGAACCAGUAUCGGAAGUACAAGGACCUUUACAAGCGGAGCCUGGAGCGACCAGACCAUGAGUCCAUUCGCAGUAAGAUAUGGGAGCUGGAGGAGAACCUGGAUGUAUCAAACAUAUUGCUGGCCAGAGAACAUGCCAAGGUGGAGUUUGCCCGUGAGGCCCCUGAACGAGCCAAACAUCGACCAAAGAAAGAAAAGAAGGGCUGGUUUAGUUCUUGGUUUGGUGGCAGUGAAGAUGAAGAUGACUUUGAAAUUACUGGCAAGGAGACACAGGACUGGCUGGACAAACUCAGCAAUGAAGAGAAAGAGAAACUGUAUGAUGGCAUCGGCUACGACAUCAACGCAAAUACCCAAACAUAUGCACCGGAGUACGUCAAGCACAAGGUGCAGGUGAUCCUGAAGAGCUGCUGUGUGUCCCUGGUCAACUACAGCAAGAAGAUCCUGCAGGUGUCGGUCACUCACCUCCUGGCAACCUGGGAGGACCGACCAGCCACCGGCGCCUUCAGGAUCUCCUCCAACACUGAGAGUUUCUCUAUAGAGGGGGCUUCCAUUGAACAUGAGCUUAUCCCGAUCCUCACCUCGGACAUCGGAGUCUAUGCCCCCUCAGUGAACCAGGUGUGCACAUUGGACUUCGAGGUGAAGCCGCUGUACGUGGAUGCAGACUACUCCCUCAGUCUCAACAUUCAGCCCGUCGAGAUUGUCUAUGACGAGCACUCAAUCUCAGAAGUCACAGCGUUCUUCAACGUCCCGCAUGGAGGGGUGGACAUGAGGUCUGCUGCCAUGGUGACGCUACAGGAAGUGGCCAAGUACAGCCGGGCAGGGCUGCAGUAUGCUAUAGAACAGCACAAGACAGUGCAUGUCGCCUUGAACAUGAGAUCGCCUUACAUAGUGGUGCCAGAGUUUGGUACACUGCACAGAGGAGGAAAUGUUUUGAUAGCUGAUUUUGGAACGUUGAGGAUAGAAAGUGAACUGCAGCCCAAAGAUGUCAGUCUGGAAGAUGCAACGAUGUCUGAGAUUGAGUCCCGCCUGUAUGAUCAGUUCAACAUCACUGUGAGUGACGUCAAGGUGCUGCUGGCAGACUCAGGUGAUGACUGGCACACUGCACAGACCCAACCUGACUCGGACUACCACAUCCUUCCCAGUGUGCAGCUGGUCAUGGCUUUCUUCAACGCUGUCCGCAGAGACUACAAGCAGCUGCCACAACAGAAGCUUGUUGCCAGUCUGCCGACCAUGAAGCUGAACAUCUCUGACAAGCGCCUCCUGUUGCUCACGUCCUUCUUCCGCAACUUCCCCAUCCCAGCCAGCACCAGCAUGGCCACCCUUGGUGAGGACAUGGUGGACAGCUGCAUUAUCAUCCAGCCCGCCGUGCCGCUGGAUCCAUCAGAGACCCAGGUGGAGCCAGAUGUUAACACCUUAAGGAGGAUGCGACGCUCAGUGCUAGGGAGGAAGGUGGUGGUCAAGAAUGAUGGGAGGAAGAAGAUGAAGAAGAAGGAACAUGUCCUGUCUUCCCAGUCAUCAAGAAAUAGUGCUGGUGAAGAGGUGUUUUUCUCUGCAUCAGAUCAUUCAGACGAGGAUGUUGAUGAGUGGUCUGAUUUCCUGCACAUCAAGCCUGUUGAUGACAGCACCUUCCCCUCCAACUCCGUCAACAUACUGAUCAGGAUGACCCUCGGGGAGUUUGUCAUCAACCUGUCCCGGGUCCUGGACAAACACGAGACUCCAUAUCUGAUGUUCCGGGUCAACCGACUGCGUAUCGACUCUGCAAUGACGGUGCAUGGCCACGCUGUCCAUGCAACACUAGGAGGAGUGCAGCUGGUCGACAAGAUCCAUGUGGGUUCAUCAGGAGAGUACAUGGAAAUCCUGGGCACAAACUCAGCAUCAGAUCUGGUCUCCAUUGUUUACAGAAAGGUGGAGCCGUCAUGUCCUGACUUCAGUGAUGGUUACGGCGGCGUAGAGCAUGCCCUGCUGCUGAAGCUGCACACACUGUCGGCGCUGUGCGACCAGGCCAGCAUGAUCUACCUCAACGCCUUCAUCCAGGGGCUCAUCACCAGUGUGCAUAGCAUGGACAUGAAGACCAGCACCAGCACCGUGAUCUCCUCCUCGGACCUCAACAACAAGGACCGACCCUCCCUUACUGAGCGACUCACAUCCAUCACUGAUGAAGUGGACUACCUUCCUCCACGGUGUAUCAAACUCAACAUGGUGGCCAAACUGGAGAACUUGAGUCUCCGACUGUGUGACUCGGAAAACAGCCUCUCCCAUAUUGACAUCACAGGUUUGGAGAGCCACAUCCUUGCCAAAAGUAUGAGGACAACUGUACGAUUACGUCUCAAAGACAUGUCCGUCCAAGACUGCUCUGUUGGUGCCAUAUUCCCUAGGAUCUUAGUAAUAGAAGAUGAUAGCUGCUUUGAUCUGAAGUUUGUGAAGUACAACAAGAAGUACGAGGGUCGUGUUGACAACCGGCACCAGCACCAGGCUCUGGACUACAGCAUCCGGCUCCGUGUUGGGCAGCUGCAGACUGUCUAUCUCAGCAAGUUCUACUGGGAACUCAUUAGAUUCUUUGAGCCAUUUAUAAACCCGGAGAUGACUGAGGCUGCCAAGGCUGCUGCCAUGGAAACAGUUCAUAGACAGGUGGAUGACAUACAGUCUCAGAAUGUGCGUAUCAGCCUAAACUUGGACCUGCGCUCCCCAACCAUCCUGGUCCCCCAUGACUCCAAGUCCACCGAAAUGUUCAUGCUCAACCUCGGCAACCUCAACAUCAAGAACUACUUCGACUUCACCAGCAUCCCCCCCCCGACAUGAAGCAGGAGUGGAAUCACAUCUACAUCAACCUCAGCUCAGUCAAAGUUAACAGGGUCCAACUGUCUCUAGCUGAUGAUGUGUGCAACAUCCUUCACAAUGUACUGGAGCCUGUCAGUCUCAAGGCUGAUGUCCGCAUGG